AUGUCAUCACCCGGUAGGAUCACACACUCCUCAACUCCUCAGUCUAUUCCAUCUCGACUUUCUCAAAGCGAGGCGAGUCGAAGCCCAGAGUCUGCUUCGACUCGUCGCAGACCCAACUCGCUACACGGCUCCUCAACUUCCAUCAGUGGACCACUGGCUGCGAAGAGAAUGUCUCACCCUAUUUCCAGUCUACCACCUCAUCGAUCUGGGGACAUUGAUAAGGAUGGAGGCUUCGCGUGCAGAGAUCACAACACUACAGCCUUUCAAUGGACAAUUCGAGACUUGGCAGUGUUAAAGGAUCACGUAGAGAGCGAUUCCGCGGGGAUGUGGACGGUUCACGCGGAGAUGAAUGAGCCAGAGAACCUCCCCGAAGUCCUGCGACGCGGAGUGGUGAUUGGUGAAGGAUGGUAUAAGCUGGAUAUCGCCCGCAGUAUUCCCCCUGGACAUACGCCUAGUUCGACGAUACAAGAUAUCUCAGCGGCACUGGGUGAUUCGGAGAAGGUAGAUCUGAACCUAUUCAAGACGCUCUCCCUCUACAUUGCAGCGCUUUCGCUCGACCACCUACACUACAGUUAUGCCGCCUCUAUCUUUGCAGGUAUCAAGACUGCCGCAGACAGAGCUGGACACCGGCAUGCGCCUACACAAUGGUAUUGGCAUACUUCAGUAGACUGGGAGUUCACCGCCAACACCGAGUACUGGGAAUGCCGUUUACCCAAGAUUUCUGAGCUCUUGAAGCACCCGACUAUUGCCGAGGAAGACGCCUUCACCCUCUGUGUGCAGAUCGGCUCACCAAUGGCGGAUCGACCCAAUUUCUCAUUGCCAGGACGCUUACCAGUCCCGGAGGACUUGAUCGACGCUCUAGGCGGUCUAUUCGACUCGAAGACCGGCGAUGUGCGAUUUACGUGUCUCGAGCAUCUAUCGGAAGACAUCAAGGAUGAACAAGAGACCGAGGCAGCGGCAGGGGGCGAUGAAGAUGUUCAGCAACGCCUGGUAUCAAGGAAGCGUGUCCUGCACGCCCACGCAGCUGUCCUCAGAGCAAGAGGAGACUACUUUGACGAUCUACUGCAUGGAGGAUUCUCAGAAUCAGAAAUUGCCAGACGUGGCGAGGCGAGAGUAACACCCAUCGUCGUAGAUGAUGCGGAUUUCAAUACCGUCUAUUGGAUGCUCAAGUUCAUAUACACCAACUCGCUAGACUUUGCCGAUGAGGAGGACGUACGGGCGAUCAUGCGUCAAGGUCAAUUAUGUCGAUCCGAAGUCGUCAAGUCUCUCACAUCAGGCGCACCGCUCUACACUGGUCUCGGUGAAUGGGAUUACCGUCGUUUACCGAUAGAAGGGGAAGAUAUCGACGAUGGAUUUGACGUCCAGACAGUCAAGAGCGUCUCCAGCACUGGGACUCGCGUGUCUGGACUCAGCCCAUCAUCUUCCGUCAAUCGUAAAGCAAAUGUAGGAGGAGCCAGCAGCGUAUCCGCUGAAAAAAAUCCGACCACAUCGAUUACCCCGAAACCCGGUGCAUCUGCCAAAGUCGCAACGCGCCCGGCGCCUGCCACUCCAACACCGAUUCGACCUCGUCCGCCGCCCAACAAAGCGAGCUCGUCAAACGAUACGUCAAAUCUGACUCCGGCGACAAACCCAAAUACAAGCAAACAUCUAGCCUCUCAGACCAGUCCAGCAGGAGCAGGUACAGGUACCGGUACCGCCCUUCCCAGCAGGCAAUUCAUUUCUAGACAUGGUGAACCUGAUCCGCAUCCUCAUCCCGCACCACAACCUCUGCCCGCAUCGGCAUUGGCAAUCUACAUGCUGUCUCAUCGAUAUCGGCUCGAGACACUGGAGCUCUUGGCCAAAGAUCAUAUUUUAGCCGUGCUGCGACCUGACAAUUGCAUGUCGUAUCUACUAGCAUCCUACUCUUACGAUAAUUUGCAUCGUGAAAUACUCGACUACGUCAUUGACAAUUGGGUGGAUGUGCAGCCUCAUCCCGAAUUUCUAAAGUGUAUCCAAGAAGUGUCUUCAGGGACCUGGGGCGAGUCUGGAGGACUAGUCCUGCACGGCCUGUUCCGACGUUUGUAA